ACUGUUAAAAUAAAUUUUUAUUGGAAAUCAAAUAAUAAAUAAUAACUACAAUUGUGUUAAUUAUAAUAAAACAAACAAAAAAAUGUUGAAAAUUAUUAGUUUAAUUACAGUAUUGUUGUCGAUAUUGUUAAGUAUAUUACAACCGGUUAAUGGUAUAGGAGCUGGAUCAGCGGGUGCUGCCGGACACGCUGGUCGAGUAGGCUCAGCUGGCCAGGCAGGUGGACCCAGACAACCGGGUACUGAUGGACAUCCGGGUACUGAUGGAACCAAUGGCGGACCCGGCGGUUACGGUUGUCCCGGUGGACCAGGCGGUGCCGGUGGUGUAGGCGGUGCUGGAGGUGCGGGCGGUGCUGGUGGACCGGGCGGAUCGCAACCGGGAGGUCGGGGUGGAUUGGGUGGCAAGGGAGGACUGGGUGGUAAAGGUGGUAAAGCGGCACCGGGUUGUGUUCGCGGACCGGACGGUAUUCGUGGGAAAUCGGGAGUUCCUGGUCCUCCCGGUGCUCCAGGACCUGCUUAAAUGAUUUAUAUUAGUAUAUAUUAAUUAUAU